GAAAAUAGACAUACAGAGGUCUUCUUAUGCAUCUAUCCGCAUGCGCGCUCCUUCCGUACAUUCGAUAAGUGGGUCUAGUUCGCUCUCGCUUCGAACGGCGGAUCCUCAACACCUCCUAAGCCGAGGCAACUCGCGCCUUCGUUCAAGUUACAGGCUUGUUAAUCCCUACCAACAACCUAGUACCUACAUAUAGGUACAUGUAUAUGACUACCCGAGCUUCCUACUUGGAGUUGAGUUUCUCAUAGGGAUAUUAUAUAUUUAAUUUGAAGUCACUUCCCUUUCCCAUCCGUCGUGAUUCAUCUUUCUCUCAUUAAGAUUCACCGUAGCUUAAAGGCUACUACUUACUUAAAGGAGUCGUAUCCUCAACGUUAAGGACCCUGCAUAGCGCCAACCAUCCACCAUGCCGGUCCCAACAUCUCAGUAUAUAAGCAAUGUGUGGAAAGAGGGGAUAUUCGAUGGUCGUGUUGUAUUCGUGACUGGCGGCGCCGGUACGAUCUGCAGCGCGCAAACGAGGGCUCUGGUCCACCUUGGGGCGAACGCUUGCAUUAUUGGUCGUAAUCAGCAAAAGACAGAAGCCGUCGCGAACGACAUCGCUACGGCACGGAAAGGUGCAAAGGUUAUCGGGAUUGGGGGGUGUGAUGUAAGGAAUCCCGAUGACCUGGUCAAGGCCGCCGAAAGGUGUGUGAAAGAACUUGGUGCCAUCGACUUUGUCAUAGCUGGUGCUGCGGGGAACUUCGUAAGCCCAAUCUCUGGCCUUUCGUCCAAUGGAUUCAAAACCGUCAUAGAAAUCGACGUCCUUGGAACGUACAAUACCGUCAAGGCCACCAUACCAUAUCUCAUCGAAUCCGCGGCCAGGAACAAGUCGAAUGAGAACGGGCUGACAGGUGGAAGAAUCAUCUAUAUUUCAGCCACCUUCCAUUACACAGGUAUGCCCAUGCAAGCUCACGUGAUGGCUGCGAAGGCUUCCGUCGACUCUAUCAUGGCUUCCGUGGCCCUGGAGUACGGUCCGUAUGGUGUAACCUCGAACGUUAUCGCGCCCGGCGGUAUCGAAGGAACAGAAGGAAUGGCGAGGCUCGCGGGCAAGAGUGACGAGGCGAAAAAUUCCGCGGCCGGUAUUCCGCUCGGUCGAUGGGGUACAAUCCGAGAUAUUGCGGAUGCGACUGUCUAUCUUUUCAGCGACGCUGGUAGCUAUGUUACCGGAGAGGUACUCGUUGUAGACGGCGGCGACUGGAGGAACGGAGGUAUGGGCGUUGGUCUCGAUUCUAACAUGAAGUACCCAGAUUACCUGCUUACGGGAGAGUUUUCCAAGCAUGUUAAGAGCGGUAGAAAGGACAAGUCCAAGCUCUAAGCGAAAAUCACUUGUUCGGAGCUUUAUAUGGGAGGU